AUGCUGAGUGGAUGCCUCCCUUAUGAGCUCGGUUUAUUGAAAGAAACCGUGGUUUUUGACGCUGGGAACAACCUUUUAACAGGUCCAUUACCAUUUUCAUUAGGGUGUUUGAAGAAAGCAGAAGUGCUUAACUUCGCUGGGAACUUGUUGUAUGGGAUGGUGCCGGAAGUGGUUUGUGCCAUGAGUAGUCUGGCUAACCUGUCGUUGUCUGAUAACUAUUUCAUUCAAGUAGGUCCGAUUUGCAGAGGGUUGAUGAAGAAAGGGGUGCUUGACGUGAGGAAGAACUGCAUCCCUGGGCUCCCAUCUCAGAGGCCGGUAUGGCAGUGUGCGGCAUUCUUUGCAAAGCCGAGGUAUUGUUCUUACAUGCAGACAUACCAUUACCUUCCUUGUUGGUUGCCUCAUUUCAGUGGUUCUCAGAUGAGUCUCUCGGAACCGGCUCCUUCACCUUUUUGA